GGCGCCACCGGCGGUAUCGACCGCGUGAUUCAGCGCCCUGUCCCGCUACUAUCGAGCCUCAAUUUCAUCGAUAUUUGGACAUGUCCCGUUUUGCCACCGAGUUUCCUUUCUGUGAAUCACUCGGGAUAUAGUUGCGGUUUCAGUCGUGUAGCGAUGGCUCACACGCUUAACAUGUGCCUCCGAAGACGGGACUUUGACAAAAUUUCGCGAUCAAUUGCCAUUUGAAAAAAUAGCUCAGUUUUAGUUGUUAUAUUUUAUUUAGUUGUAAGUGGUUCGCGAAGAAUUUUAAGUGUUGUUUAAUUUAUAAACAUGGAUUUGUAUUUGUUUUUAUUGGCGUUCACGCUGUUUUGGGAAAUGUCAACGUGCAUACAGUGCUUUGCGUGCGAGGCGCAGCGGUCUGACACUAACAAGCUGCCUCUCUGCGAAGGCUUCGACUACAGCGCGCAAUUUAUUGCCGACUGUCCCAAGUCCACCGGCUGCGUCAAGAAGGAGACUCGGCUCAUCAGCUUAGGAGUGACAACCAGUACCGUAGAACGCGGCUGCGCGGCACAGACUAUGGAUGGUUAUCAGGAGAAGAUCAACGGCCAUUGGACACACGUCACCAAGAUACACGAGGUUUACGAAGAGGAAUGCAAAGAGGACUCCAAGGAGUUCGGCAAGUCAACGCAAGCUACUCACUGCUUCUGUCGAGGGGACCUUUGUAAUAAAAGUGAAAUCAUGCGGAGUGGCCUGGCUUUAGUGGCCGCUUUAGUCCUGCUAUUGGUGACGUCGUAGUAGGUUUAUGACUAGGAUUGUUAGGAGAAAUUACUUCAAACUAAAGGCGAUAGUAAGCCGUUCAUUUGAAUAAAGAAUAGAACUAAGUAUGUAAAAUUUAUUCGUAGACGGAAAUGACAAAAGGAAAAUGCUUUGGAACUAAAACUUACUGACUAUACAAUAGACUACACUCAUUUAACACAAAACUUUAUUGAUCUGUUUCUAAAGAAUCUUUCUCAAUAUACAAUUAUUUUCAUUUGUCGGUAUGAAAAUGCAUGAUAGAAUUUUGCUGCAAUACUUUCAUUCCAUUUUGUUUUAAUUUGGAUGAGUCAUCAAAAGUAAAAGCAAAAAUGAACCGCAUAAUAAUGCCUUUAGGCAAGGAAGUUUCAUCAAUUUCACUGCCGUUUUUAUUAAAAACAGAAAGAUACGUCAAUGCGAAUCGUAUUUAUUAGUCAAUAGUUAGGGAGAACAACGGUUUGAUUUGUAAUUAAUGUAUUAUAUUUUUAGGGAACCACGAUGGACUUCAGUCAUUGAAGCUCUUAGAAAUAUCGUAUAUUUUGAGUAAUUGAAAUCACUUGAAACUAAUUCAAAUUAAUUAAUUUGCUUGAUUGAAAUUAAUUCGUAAUAAAGACGCGUGAUUAUUGAUUCCAUUAAUUAAAGGUGCGUUCGUCGACCUAACUAAAUACAUACUUCAAUUUACAAAUGCUAUUUACAUACAAUAGACCGCAAAAUGUAAAACAUUUUUUUAAAGUUUUAUCAAAAAUAUUUUAUUACGAGACGCAUUAUUCUUUGACAAUACGCAGAAAAAAUAUAUUUGAAUUGAAUUUAUAGUAUAAAAAUAGAUGUGGAAAUAUGUGACACAUUUUCAGCAAGAUAGUGAUAAUUGAAUACUCGUUCCGUAGCGAUAACAUUCGCUUUGUUACGCCUACUACGUUACAUUGUUAAAUAAAAAUAAAAUGUACUUAUUAGAUGCUUAAUUUUAGCUUGAAUUCUUCAUAUAUUUGUGUUUAAAUUUUUCAAGUCAUAUUUUAUAGUAAUUAAUUAUAUUUUAUAAAUAGGCUUUUAAGGCGAUAAGUUUGCUAAAAUGUGAUAUACUUAUAGUCUAUUGCCAUGUAGUAAGUUAUGCGUAGAUUUUAAUAUAUAAGUAGUAAAUGCUUAGAAUUCCAAAGAGGAUAGUAAGGGAGCUUUUACUUGGUGCUUUCAAUAUUCCAUUAUGUUAGGCUUCGAGUCACAAAUGGAAUAUACCUUCAGGGGGAACUAUAAGUUUCCUUUUUUUAAGUAAUGCUUAGUACUUAAGUAGGUGUACUAUAAUGUUAGUAAACCAUUAGCUAGUCUAAUUUUAUUACCAAACUAUCUUCCAAAACUUAAAUUUUGUAUGUUAUAAUAUAUUAUAUUACCUGUAUUAAGUCAAUCAUUCCCGCUUAUUGAAUUAAAAAGUGUCUUCAUAAAUAACAG